GGGAGACCGGAUAUAGUGAAUGCGGGGUCCGGGGAGAGCGGAUAUAGUGAAUGCAGGGGUCCGGGGAGACCGGAUAUAGUGAAUGCAGGGUCCGGGGAGAGCAGAUAUAGUGAAUGCAGGAUCCGGGGGAGAGCAUAUAUAGUGAAUGCAGGGUCCGGGGAGAGCGGAUAUAGUGAAUGCAGGGUCCGGGGAGAGCGGAUAUAGUGAAUGCAGGGUCCGGGGAGAGCAGAUAUAGUGAAUGCGGGGUCCGGGGAGAGCGGAUAUAGUGAAUGCAGGGUCCGGGGAGAGUGGAUAUAGUGAAUGCAGGGCCCAGGGGGAGUGCGGAUAUAGUGAAUGCAGGGUCCGAGGAGACUGGAUAUAGUGAAUGCAGGGUCCAGGGUGAGCGGAUAUAGUGAAUGCAGGGUCCGGGGGAGCAGAUAUAGUGAAUGCAGGGUCCGGGGGAGACCAGAUAUAGUGAAUGCAGUGCCCAGGGA